GCUCGCUCGAGUACAAAAAAAUUACGACCCUCGCUCUUUCACAGUCUAUUCUAUUCUAAUCAUAUUUAAUCACUUAUCAUGAGACAUAUACGCGACGCUACACGUAGCUACGCUCCGAGAACAACUAUUCACACGACCUCUGAUAAUACCGCGACGCUGGCGCUGCGAUUACAUCAAAUGACUACCCCCACACUCCUUUCUCCUUCAAACACGCGAUACAUAUAUCGCGAGCGUCGUAACGAGUUGACCCCCGAGUUCCAGUCUAAUGGGUUCCUAAAAUCACCUUCUCGUUUCCUCCUCGCUGGGCUUGGCAUUCACUACGAGUUGGAUUCUAGUGAUAUAGUUGGCGAGGCGAUCCACUCGUACGAUGAGCCACAAGGUGUCUCGUAUAUCCAGGCGGACGAUAUCAGUAGCGCCUUGCAUCAUUCAACUCCUGCGGGCACAGCAUACCAACUAACAGAUCGUACCGCCAAACACCUCACUCGCUUAAGCGAUUCUCAAAACUCCCUAGCCAUGUUCAGCGACACCUCUUUGCCUGACCUUGGGUACUCCUCGUCAUCGUCCUCAGCUUCCUUGGCUUCCACUCGGUUUGCCUCUGACAAUGAGGAAGCUCGGGCAUUCUCCCUGCCUUAUCAUCUCGCGGAUGGCGUUCUCUCUUGCUCACCUUCCAACAUCGGUCUUAUUCCUGACGUGAAUAUGUACAACCUCGCACUGUUCACGAAGCAGCCCAGCGUAGGUGUCGAUCCUUUAGACACCAUGGGACGGUCGUCGGCGUCAGCUAUGUCACCUUACCUCUCCCCUCGCAAUGCCACGUUCUGUUGCUCCUCUCCAUUGAGCAUUCAAUAUCCAGUUCCCUCCACCCUGGGAGCAAUGGGAGAAUCGACGCCCCGCCCACUAUCCCAGGACUGUCCGUCGCCAGGCAUAAUUCACGAUAUUGUUACCAUCUUGUCCACCUCUGCAACACAGGAACCUGAUCAGCCGGAGUCCAUGACAGUUACGUACAGCGAGCAGCCGUCUUUCGAGCAGUGCGCUCUGCAGAAGAGAGCUAGGGCGUCUCCGAUAAUGAAGAUGGAUAAUUUGCCAGACGGAUCUGUUUUGCAUGUCUUCUCCCCAAAACAAGAAGGAUUAUACGUUCUUUCUAGCUACGAAAACCUCUCGUUCUCUUCGUCCGACAGAGUAUUCUCCCCAAGGCAGAUCAAACCCGAUCCGGAUCACAUCAUCUGUAACGAUCAAUAUCCAUCGCCGAUUCUUAACGCACACACGGGAAUAGAGCUGACCGAGCUGACCUUCAGAGCUCAGCGUUAUAGGGCACGCCAUUCUGCACAACAGAUUGACCGAGGAUGGUUAAUGCAUUUCGCGGGCAAGUUGACCGACCGUGGAGAGCUUAUAGAUGAAUUCCGAUGCUAUGUCGUCGGGUGUGGCCAGAGGAACAAGCGCCGAGAUCAUAUCAUCGUACACGUCGGGGCCCACGUCGAUCAACGGCCAUUUGGCUGUUCCAUGUGCUCACAGCGGUUCCUCCGCAAGAAUGAAUGCAAACGUCACGAGGCAAGCCAUACUGGCGUGAGACCCUAUCAUUGCGAAGUUUGCGGGCAGACCUUCGUUCGUCAGGACUUACUGAAGAGACAUUCCAGGCGGUCCCAUGAUGUAGAAAAGGGGAGUCGCAGUGCAGGCUCGCGCCGUAAGAAGGCGAGGACUGAGUAGCUGCGUGGUUAACGUAGAUUUCCUCGGACACUUCUCAAUGUUGUUUGACUGAUCGAGUUGUGAAAAGAUCUCAUGAUCAGACAAUGCGGCGACAGUUUUUGCCAGCAUCAGACAGACCGUCACUUUUUCGCAGUGCUGAGCGCACAACACCAGUUGCUUGAAACGAUGUGGUGUACAUACUUAGUACUGUUCAUGCACGGCAUACCGCUACGGCUUGAAUUUCAUGUCGUGAC